CGGUCCAUAGUUCAGUACCGGGCCUUAAAAGCGUGACAUCACGACUUCUAGAAGGAUAGGAACACUGAUUAACUUCUAACAACCACUGUACGAGACCCAAGUGAUCACUGCUGAUGCUACGAUCGGAACCCUUAUUACAGGCAAUCCCACCGCGUAUAUUUGUCAAAACUGUCGAUUGUACGUGAGGUAUGUAGGUGACUGAUGAAUGAAAGUGGUAAUUCUGCCACCAAACGCGAGAUUACUACUACGAUACUGUCCUGGGGAUUUCUUCUGGCUACGAAUGGAGCAGGCUGGUAGCUGAUGACCAGUCCUGAAUAUUGGAGCCGGCUACUCAUCGCCCUCUCGAUUGCUGGGGCUGUGGUAGCUACGCUCUUUUACCUUCUCCGGUUGUAUAGUCAUUGCUUCAGUACCGGGAAGUUUGACGCCAGCGAUGUAUUCCUAGGCUUUGGACUGGUAUUGUCUUAUGGCAUUACCAUAACAACCGUGAUCGCGGCAUUGGAAGGCGCUGGAAUAGACCUCUCGACUCUGCCGCCGAGGACUGCUCAUCGGGUAGCAAUGAUGUAUUGGAUAGCCCAAGAAUUCUGGCCAGCCGCUCAAGUUUGCAUCAAGCUGUCCAUUAUUAUCCUUCUUCGUCGGUUGCUGGGAUCUGUGAAAAGAAUGCUUUCUCUUACGUUAUUCCUCGCUGUCUUUAUUGUCGCCUGGGGGUUGGCGGCUCUUUUUGCGAAUACUUUCCAAUGCUGGCCACUGCAGUAUUUUUGGAAUAAGGAAGUCGAGGGCCAUUGCAUAAGUGGAGAGAAGGCACUUUUCAUGGCAACUGGAUCUGUCUCCUUCCUGCAAGAUAUAAUGUUGUUGGCCAUCCCUUUUGCUGUACUAUGGCGACUGCAAAUGGCCCCACGAAAGAAGGUACUUCUUACCAUUCUGUUCAGUAUGGGUGGAAUUGUUUGUACUUUUAGUCUUAUGCGUCUGAUUGAGUUCAGAUAUUACCCAACAAACAAUCUAACUGCAAGCAGCACAAGAGAAAGAAUCUGGACGCUUCUCGAAAUUGAUGUUGCUAUUGUCUGCGCCUCAAUCGUUCUUAUGCCCCCGCUAUUCCAACCUUGUACCGAUACCUGUAGGAGGAUCUACUGCCAAACCAUUGGUCGCUUGAUGACAGCGGAAUGUACCCAACGCGCUGAAUCUUGGCCAUUUCAAAAGCACUGCACGAACUUCUCCCAGGACGGUCGCUCCGAGGUGCGAGCACAGGCCUAUCCUGCGUCAGCUGCGGAGGUGCGCGACCGCAGAGAAAGCAUGACAGGGGAUUUUAUCAGGGUCGAGACGACUAUCAGUCGGGACGUUCAUGAUCGUGAAGUGCUUUGGCCACAGGCUGGUAGAUCGUCCUUGACAUCAGGGAUGCUACCGACAGUCUCAGAAGAGAAACGGAUGUCUGAUGAUAUGUCGAAUGUUGAUUUUAGUGGCGUUGGGUUCAGUUGAGAUGCUGGCUAUCCAUAGACACUGAUCUCUAUACCGAUGAUGAUUGCACUAUUUGAAUAGGUAGGCAAUUCAUCAAUAAUGUUAGGGCUUCAGGCUGAA